UCGCAAACCCCCCUGGUCUUGUAGUGUCGAUCUGCCUCACGGUUAUCUCCAAUCCUUCCUCCGUUCUUCCUUUUCGCUCUUCUCUCACCUUCCGUCACUCGCCUCGUUAAUUCUCUUUCACUCGUUGCCGGUCUUCGCUCAGGCAAUUCCUGAUUACCAUCUGUCACCUCUGAUCAUUCCAGAGCUAUCCUUAAACGAUCUACUUCAGUGAUUUGGAGUCGUCCUAUUUUGUCGCAUCUUAAGGCGCAGUACAUGCAUCCAAAGGCAUUUAGUGUCUCUUCUUCCUUUAGCUUCAUCGCUUCCUACCACCUGCGGCUUGUCCGCUCGAUAAAAUGGCGGAGUCCAACACUUUCAAGCCCGUCGUUUCCCGUCGGUCGUCUGUCUCCGACAAUGCCAGUGCAGCAGAUAAGUUGAAUCAGAUGGAUCUAGAAAACCAGAAACAGCAGGUGGGCUCCGGCUCAGACACGGAGGGGGAAAUCGGUCGUCAGAUUGAAAUGGAGUCGGAGAAUUCAAUUAAAUACCGUACCUGUAGCUGGCAGAAGACGGCCGCUCUCCUGUUCUCCGAGUAUAUCUGUCUGGCUAUCAUGUCGUUUCCAUGGUCCUAUUCCGUUCUCGGAUUGGUCCCGGGGUUGAUCCUCACCGUCGUCAUCGCCAUGAUUGUGCUUUAUACUUCGCUGGUCAUUUGGAAGUUUUGUCUGCGACACCCACAUGUCCGUGACGUGUGCGACAUCGGCCAAAUGAUCUUCUGGGACUCCAAAGUUGUGUGGUACCUGACUGCGGUGAUGUUCUUGUUGAACAACAUAUUCAUUCAGGGCUUGCAUUGCUUGGUCGGCGCCGAGUACCUCAAUACCAUCAGUGGUCAUGGAGCCUGCACCAUCGUGUUCUCACUGGUCACGGCGAUUAUCUCGCUGAUCUGCUCACUUCCACGCACCUUUAGCGCCCUAUCCAAGGUGGCAACCCUGUCGGCAUUUACCACAUUCAUCUCCGUCAUGUUAGCCCUCAUCUUCUCCGCCAUCGAGGACCAUCCCGCGGGCUAUACCCCGGAGAUGGGAGACCCCAUUGUGAAAGCGAUCCCUGUGCCCGGAACGACCUUUGUCUCAGGAAUGAGCGCCUUUCUCAAUAUCAGCUAUACCUUCAUCGGUCAGAUCACGCUGCCAAGUUUUAUCGCAGAGAUGAAGGAGCCCAAGGACUUCUGGAAGUCUGUCACCGCCGUCACCAUUGCCGAGGUCAUCGUGUUCAGUUUGGUCGGCUCUAUCGUGUACGCCUACACCGGUAACCAGUACAUCACGUCGCCGGCAUUCGGCUCUCUGGGUAACGAGGUAUACAAGAAGGUGUCCUUCUCGUUCAUGAUUCCGACGUUGAUUUUCCUCGGCGUGCUGUAUGCCUCCGUGUCAGCGCGUUUCAUCUUCUUCCGCUUGUUCGAUGGCACCCGUCACAAGGGUAACCACACCGUACUUGGAUGGGCCGCCUGGACCGGUAUCCUCACCAUCCUUUGGAUCCUCGCCUUCGUCAUCGCCGAGGUGAUUCCCUUCUUUUCCGACCUGGAGUCAAUCAUGAGCUCCCUCUUCGAUUCAUUCUUCGGCUUCAUCUUCUGGGGUACAGCCUACCUGCGCAUGCGCCGGGAGGACUAUGGACCCAAUUUCUACAAGAACCGUGGUAUCCGCGGCUGGCUGGGCGCGAUUCUCAAUGUUACUCUUAUCAUCGCUGGUUUCUUUUUCUUAGGACCAGGAACUUAUGCAUCCAUUGAAAGCGUCAUUAUCAGCUACCGAGAAGGAACCGUCGGCACUCCUUUCUCCUGCGCCAACACGGGACUGUAGAUACAACCAACCAUCUGAGAUGAAAACCAAAGAGCAAACGAACCGGAGACGAAAUAGCUCCAGGGCUGGCACCACCGACAAAAAUAGGGAAAU